AUGCCCUCAUUCCCGACUACUCCCUUGGUCCGGCCAAGGGAAGAUGGCUUGCAAAUUAGCUAUCCGCUUCCCCAUCGCAUCCACACAGCCAAAGGCUAUCCACUACGAGCUCCAAAUGGCUCCUCGGUAAUUAUCUACGGCUAUGAUACCGGUUUAAAGGUAGUAUGGAGAGGAGGAAGGCGAUUCGCAGAAUUAAAGUCGAAUGGGCCUCAGGCAAAGCCGAAGCCUGCAGCAAACAAUGCGGAUCCUGAUUCAGUCAUGAUCAUUGACUCUGAUGAGGAGGAUGAACCCGAACCAACACAAGAGGAACCGAUUGUUGAAUUCAGUCUGGAGGAGAGCGAAGUCGAUCCUGCUUCUCCGUACGAGGAGAUUCUGCGUCAGAUUGAUAUUCCCCUUGGAAGCCGAGUGCUGGAUGUAGCGGUGCCUCGUGUUCUCCCCGAAGAAGCUCGCUCGCCUCUGGACCCCUUCCCGCCUAUUUUGAAAAACAACAUUGUUGUGUCAGUAAUUUGUUCCGAUUUGUCCACAAAGAUUGUGACUCUGCCACUUGUUCCUCCUCAUCCUACACAGACAGACUUCAAAAGCUGGCACAUCCAAACCCUCACAAUCAAUGGGGCGACCACCCAUCAAGAUAUUCCACGCGGUAUAUCCAUGACAUUUACCUGUCAGGAAUUUGAGGACGAGCAAGACCAACGAAAAUCGCGGGGCCGUUUUGGAAAUUUUGGUAAAUGGGAUCUGCUCGUGGCCACGCAUUCUGCAGAGGGAUCUGGCGUGCUUUUGCUGCACCGAAUUCCAAUUCGCGAAGAGUCUUCUUCCUGUCUUGUAGAAGAAGAUAUCGUUUCUCAACGACGGCUCUUGCCAGCACCCGCACAGACAAUUGCAUUCAAUCCAUCAGCGUGGCCAUCUGUUCGCCACGCCAGCCUGCUUGUCGCAUUCCACCGUGGAUGUGUGAAGAUUUAUUCCUGCUUUUCUGUGAAGAAGUCUGCGAAGUCUGCGCGACGAGCUUCGAUGCCGCACGAGGACUACGAAACUAUUGACACGGAAGGUCGCUGGCUGAUCAGUCUAUACCCUGGCUUUGAGCAAGGACCCAACGGACUACCUCGACGGAAGACAAUCAUCGACGCCGACUGGGUACUAGGUGGCCGAGCAGUUAUGGUGCUACUUGAAGACGGCGAGUGGGGCGUCUGGGAUAUCGAAGGCGCUGGUCCUGGUGCUGCCAAGGGCCCGUUGCACCGUCAAACGAGCGUUCAAGGUGUCACCGGUGGUUCAUUAACCACAUACGCAGUCUGCGGCCGUAUUAUGACACCGCCUUCCAGUAACAACUCCGAAACAGAGCAGCGAUCCCGAUUUGCGCCCAUGACACCAUCCACAAGACGCGUGCGCGAAGAUGGGUUGCUAAAGGGAUCGAUGGGCACAGCUAGUUCCCACCGCGGGCAAAUCUCUGUCUUGCAGACAAACUCCUCGUCAGACGUAUUACCCGACGAGUCAAUUUUGCUCCGUCACGGUCGCCAGAGCGCGAUUAUCACAAGCUUACUGUCACUGUGGCGCAACGCUACCAAAGCCACAGGCACAUUUGAUUCCUCAAACCGCUGCCGGGUUUCUCCUUUCCAGGACGUGAACUUGAUGGGCCAGAACUUCCAGGCGAUUGGACACCUACCGGCACCUGCACGCCGUUCCCGACAGGCAGAGCGACAAACCUUCGAUGUAUUAGUCGCAGCAGAGCACCAACUCAUGAUUCUCGCCCCAAAGCUGACCGAAUCCGUCGAGGAGAGCCAGCCUGUAGUAAAACAGGAAGAAUCAUCGGAGACUGAUCAGCUGAUGCUUCGACGAGGUGAACUGGAUGUGGAGGGAAUGGGCCGUCUACUGAACGGCAUGGCUAACGCAAACCCGCCUAUGCGUAUGGGCAGCCCCGUGAAGCGGACUCGUGUUUUCGCCUAG